AUGGCCACAGAUGCUCGUUUAACAUUUGUUGAUCAAUUAAUUGAACAAGGUCAAUUAGCUGCACAAUCAAUUUUAAACUUGCUUUCACAACAAAUAUUGGUUGUUGCACAACUAGCAUCACAACAAUUACAAAACUUAGCUGGUAGUUUAGGUCGCUCCCUUAACAUUAAUUUCGACCAAAUUUUGACUCUUGUUCAAUCAUUGGUCGCUCCACUCAUCAAUAACCUCAGCGCCUCAUUGGGCUCGAUCUUCAAUCUCUCAAGUAUCCUCGGUGGACGUGCAGGAUGGGACCUUUCACAAAUCUUCAACGAUUUCUUAGCUUCAAUUACACCAGCAAUCACUGGUUUAGGACAACACUUCUUAGAUCAAGGUUUAUCAGCAGUUUUGGGAGCAAUCGGUGGCCGUGGAUUCUCAGAUAUCUGGACAGGUUUGAGCCAACAAUUUUCAUCAAUUCUUUCAGCUGGUCAACAGGCUAUAAGCAACGUUGUUGACAAUAUAACAGGUGUUGUUAGUGGAGUUUUAGAUGCAUCAAAACCACACUGGGAACAACUUCAAGAUCAAUUGUUGGGUCAUGGUUUGAAUGUAUUAAACUCACUCGGACAAACAAUCAACGAUUUACAUGGAACAAUCACUGGUGGUCGUUAA